ACACCAGCAGAUAGUGUCACUGAGGAGGCGGAUACUAUCGUAUUACCUCGGAAGUGUAUCACAGAAGCAUGAAAUUUGUAGACAGCAGCUUCAUCGACUAGUAAACUCUUCAGUGUCACUAUGGCAGCGUUUGUCAGAUUAGGAACUCGUCAUAUAAGAUUAAAUCCACAAAUUUCCAGUUUCAGUGUGUUACAUUCAAGCACAUGUACACAGACUCGCUGUCGGAAAACCCACUAUUUAAAGCAAUCUUUUGCAUCUGUAUCAAGUGAAAUAUGCCAUGGACCACAGCACAGAUCCCCUUUAGCAGCACAGGCAUGGAGAGAACUACAUGUCACAUCUACACACCAUACAUUAAAAGAUAAGCUGCAGCCUUCAGAAGAAGAAAUCGGAACAUUUACAAAAAUAAUAGAAGCAAUGGGUUUUACUGGACCUUUGAAAUACAACAAAUGGAAAAUUAAAAUUGCUGCCUUACGAAUGUAUACCUGUUGUGUGGAAAGAAUAGAUUUUGAUGAGUUCUUUGAAAAUUAUUUCUCCACCCCAUUUUUGAGUGAUGUCAUCACAGAUCCACACAGAUUAAACUUUGUGUUAGUUUGA